UGUUGUUUAUAUUUGACGUUGACGUUUGAUCUGCGCUUCUUAGAUUUUUAAAUGAUUAAAUUUGUUUCAAUUCAUAAUAAGUAGUAGAAAACAACGAAAAAAACUAGGUAUGUCUUCAGAAACAACUCAAGUUAGUUCACUGCCAUUACCUCCAUUGCAGUAUAUAAAUUUUUACACGGACGAAAAUGUUCGAAGAAACAGGGCUCCGCUGCCACCACGGCCUAUUCAUGACUCUUAUCAAAUGUUUGGUCACACAUUUAACGCUGAUGAUACAAUUAUCAGAUCAUUAGAAAGUCAGGGUUUCCGUCGUCUGUACCCAAUGCACUUUGAAAGGAGAAGAGAAUUAAAGAAACUAAAUCACUCAUUGCUAGUAAACUUUUUAGAUCUGUUAGAUUUACUAGUACAUUGUCCAGAUUCACCUAAAAGAGCUGAAAAAGUUGAAGACCUUAGCCUGUUAUUUAUACACAUACAUCAUCUGUUAAAUGAGUUCAGACCACAUCAAGCUAGAGAAACAUUGAGAGUGAUGAUGGAGUUGCAGAAGCGACAAAGAGUUGAAACUGCCAUGAGAUUCCAAAAGCACUUGGAUAAAGUUCAAGAUAUUUUACAAAAUGCAUUACAAAGCUUGCCAGAUCAGAAUGAUAUGGAGUCUAACUUCAAAGUGCCUACAGAAAUACUUGAGCAUAUGGAUUGCAACCCAAGUGAUAACACAAAUCAAGACCCUUGCUAUGAACUUGAUAGAAUCAUGUGUAAUAUAGUUGACAAUAUGAGAUAGUUUGUCAAUUCACUAUUAAAUCUUUCAUUCAUUGUAUGCUUAUGGCCUUUGCUUUCAAUAUAAUAUUAUAA